CCAUCAUCGUAGAAAUUUCCGUUUCAACUUCUCUCUAGCAAGCCUCUGCUUCCGCACAACGAAAUAACGCACAACUCCAACCUCCACCACCACAAAACAUCAAAAUCUCCUCCGAAAACGACUCGGUCCCGACCACCGGGUCAACUUGCCCGUUCGACGACGACGGUUACCUGGGAUACGACCCCCGACUCUCCUCCCAGCGAUUCGACUCCGAGUCGCUCAAGGACUCCGCCACCUUUUCCCCAAUCUUCCACGGCUCCGCCGUAAACGACGCUUUCGCCACUCAGCCGGCGUCGGAGGCCUUCUCUCCUCCGUCGAUCUACGCCGAAUCGAACGGCCAGGUCUUUGAUGGAGGGUUUGGCGCGUCCGACGAUCCGAUUUUGUCGGCUCCGUCGGAGAUGCUGCCUGAGGAGGGCUUCGCUCUCAGAGAAUGGAGGAGUUCUUGGAGUGAAUCUCCUUAUAAGGAUGCUGCAAAGAGAACGGCAUCUGGGAAUUUACCUCUUAAUGCAUUUUUGUCUGAGUGGGCCCUCAUGACACUGUUAAAUCCAAAGCGAAGUUUGGCGAAUUUGAUAUAUGUUGGAUACAAUGGCAGUCCUGCUUCAGCUAUCCAUGUUACUAGAAGAAGAUCAGUAGAUCAUAAAAGCCAAAAAACAAAAAGAAAUGUUUUCAGCUGCUUCAUUUUUGGUCCUAAAAAUGCAGGAAAAUCCGCUAUUUUAAAUUCAUUCAUAGGAAGGCUUUCCUCAAAGAGUGAGCCUAUACCUACUGGUGAGUGUUAUGCAGUGAAGAUUGGGGUGAGUACUAUCAUAUAUAACACUUUUAGCUUUGAGAAAGGGAACGGGUAAGGGAGGUACGGGUAUGGGUUUUUACGGCCGGUUUCUAGGGAGGUGGUCUGGUGUCAGUGCCUUCACAGGAUGGAGGUGUGAUAUGGGGGAGAGAGGAGAGGGGGUUGGUUGUAGAGAGAAGGUGACAGCGGGUGCACGAUUAGGGGGACAGAAAGAGAGUUGAUUGGGUACAAGAUUUGAGGGUAGGGUUGAGGGAAUGAGUGUGUUGGCUGCAGAGAGAUGGUGGGGUUGAGUUAGUGUCACUCCCUCUUUGUCACUUAUCUCUUCCUCCAUCUAUGACAUCUUCGUUUUGGGGUCAAAAUAUGUUCGCUUUUACAUAGAAAUUUGAGUGUUUUAUUUAUUUAUUUGGGUUUUUGUAGCUGAUACAUAUUAGGUUUGUGUUUCUGGGUUUUAUCACUAAUUGUCAAUUGGAUUUUCUGGUUUCAGUAAUAGGUGGAGGCAUCGACUAAUCAUCUGGCUGAUCAGCAGAUGCCAGUUUAUAAUCUUGCAUUGAAGAUUCUUUGUCAGGUUGUUAAUGUAUCAUUGAAGGCUGAACCAGACACUGAUGAAGUAUUUGCACAAGUCACUUUACUUCCGGAAUCAAAUCAAGAUGAGAAUGCAGUGGAGAAGGAAAUAACAUAGGGUGCACGUCCUUAAACGGGAAAAGACUUUGGUUAGGCAAAGCCAAAUUAAGGAAGAGAAUAGGUAGAGGCUAAAACAUAAUCAAGUGAAAUUUUAGGUACAAAAUGUCCAGUGAGUCAAGAAAUUAUACAAUGGUGUCCAACUGCUUUCCACCACGGCCACUUGAAAAGGCUUAGUUCUUUUUCCAAGUGAAGAAAUAAAAUGGCACUUGAAUCGUAGAAGCAUUAACAUCUAUACUCAAAUGGAAAAAAACUGCAUAUUUGAAAAGAAAAAAACACACCAGCACACACUUGGAAAUAGCUGGAAAUAUUGGCAAACCUCACAAUGUAUAUGCAUGCUUUAGCGAUAUUUAUAAUGAGGAUAUCUAUAUUAGCAAACCUCACUUAUGCUCAGUACACAUUCUACUGUUUAAGUAAUGAAGAAAACUAUUCUCAAUGUCUCUAGCUAUUCAUUUAUUAUCUUCAACAUUCA